UGUCAUGGGGAGGUGGGUCACAUCAGGCCUCGAAAAUGUCGGUGUUUCAGCUGUUUUUAUGGAGGGAUUUGUUUUUGUGAACCAUGGAAAUCUGCAGUGGUUUAAGUAGUGGUGUGUUGGCCUCUCCCUCCCUCUGUGUCUUUCUCAGGCUGCUUGGAAACCUUGUUUGUACAAAAAAACUCUGCGUGUAACAUAAAACACUGUCUCUAUUAUUAAGACAAAUUUCUGUAAAGUUAACCCACAUAGCUCUGAAUAUCGGAAAGAACAUAUUAUAUAAAGUUGGUGCUUACACAGCAGGUAGAUGUAAAUAAUUUCUGUGAGGAAGAUUUGAAGACAUUAACAAGCAUCCUUUGCUUCACUCGUAUGCCUUCAGUAGGUGUUCGAGUGCUUAAGGCAAAAUGCUGCACCACACGCAUUUACACUUUGUUUGCACUGCACCCUGAGGCCUUCGGCACAGAUACCUAUUGCUGCUGUUUCAUUUUGCUGCCGAGGCAUUUUGCAUUGAUUUCAUUUCGAAGGAGCAAGUAGGGAAGCUAAACUUCUUGGCCAUACUCCAUCCUCACAAGCUCCACUGCUUCUGUGUGCCCUUGUUUGUUUUGCUCUAACGAUCUGAUAGGGCUGGAUGGGUGGAAAAAGUUUGGCUAGGAGAAAGCAGGAGAUGCUAACACAUUAUGUCAGAUCAGAUGUGUGCUCAGAAGUGACGGGCAUGUAAAGUGAUUGCAGUUUUUUUUAGAUUUUGUCUCUCUGACGGACAAUAACGGAAUAACACAUUUACAGACUAUUUAUUGGGUCUUUGUGUACAAAAGAGUUAAACAGUCAGCUCAGGGUGACCAGUUUUGUUGAAGCUGUGGCUGUUCAAAUUUUGGCAUGUGGUUAUGUUUGCUUUAAUCCCUAAAAACAGGAGUGUAGAUAAGAGUUUUGGUUCCAGAGGCUUUCUAGACCAAGUAGUUUAGACCUAAUAUAUGUAAGCAGGCUUUGGCAUGAACACGAAAGGUCUGCAGGGAGAACAACACAGGGAAUGCACUGGCUGCAGCGUGAUCUCAAGAUAAUCAGUUAUUUCAUGACCACAGUUUAGCUUUUUAUUAUUUAUUUAUUUAUUUUUAGAUAUCAGCUAUCCCGACAAUUGCUUACCCCACCAAAAGGAUUAACCAUUGUGGCCUAGAGGGUUAAGUUAUUAGAUGGCAGUCAGUGGGUUCCUGAAUUGGUUGUUGUUGUUGGAUAAAAACACUAUCUGAUUAUUUUUCAAUGUAUAAUAAAAACUGGCAGCAGUCACUGAAACACAGAAAACUGUUUUGAACUUCAAAGUGACUGCGCAAAGUUUAUAGAGCUCUUUUUUUCACAGCUUUUCAUUGUAAUUGACCAGGUUGCAUUCAAUUGUGUGCACAUGAUAACAAAUCUGAAACUGCAGCAGAGAAAUGAGAUUCAGUUAUCACACAUUUCUCUAUUGACACUUAUGCUUUUACUUCUACUAGAUUUUCAUGUGUGUUCUGGGGACGAGUACAAACCAAGUAACUCUCAUAUAUAGAACGAAGGUGGAUUUGCUGCAUUGUCCAGAUUUUGUAUUAUUCUGUAGUUGUAUCUAAUUUACUGUCUCAGAUAUCUUCAACAACACAAACAUGGUACUCAUAGCUGUCUGCUUUUGUAGAGAUAACUUUUAUUUUGUACUUUUGUAUAAUUUUAUCUUGCUAAUUUAGAUAAUUGGCUGUAAAGCAACAUUGCUGAAUUGUUUCGUUGACUCAUAGUUUCUGUUAUUCUGACAAAUAACAAGACAAUGACUAAAUAAAAGCUAAUGCGCGAGGACAAAAACUAUUGUGAAAUGUAAUGAAUAGAAAUGGGAUGAAAAAAUUCUGGUGAGAUUCAGAACAAAUUAGGUUGUGUAGAAAGGUUGGACGAAUUUGGAAGUGUUCCAAUCUUAAUCUAAGAUGCUUCGUAAAUUGCAUGGAGCAACUCUCAUCUGUAAAAACACAACAGACUUUAACAUUUUAUAUUUUUUAGUCAACUAAAUCAACUUUAGAUUGCAUCUACUGUAAUCUUAUGAUAUUUAGUUAACUACAAUUUGACUUAAAAUUUUCAGGUUUUAGUCAAAAAACGGACUAAAACAAAACCAGAAUUUGUUGUCAAAAUUAACAUUGGUUGCGUUAACAAGGACAAUACUCCGCUGCUUUGAGAUUCUUAUCAGAAUAACUACGAUUGCAAUGCACUGGAGACCUGUUAAAUACUGUUGGGUUCUGAGGUAUCCCAGAGCCCAUACAGUGUACGUUAUCUUUAUUUUAAAAGGUUUUCUUUAGUAACUUCAGUACGUGUUACACGUUGUACAACAUGUUGAUCAUUUAUCCCUAUGUGUAUGUUAGAAGUUGGAAAGAAGUUGCUAAAUCAUUCAUGUCCCUCAGGUUGUUGGUAUUCAUUUUCACUGUGAGCAAGUAUAUGUGUGGAGGGAGAAGAAGGUUCAGCAAUCUCAUUGUGCGCUGUUGGAAUAUGUUAAAUGGCCAAUCACAAAAAAAUGGCCCCAAGUCAUGCAAAGCUAUUCCAAUACAGCUCCAGAAACUUGUGAAGUGCAGUAGCAUUUCAAGUUGCGGAUACCUAGCUGAUUCCUUCCCCAUUACAUGAAUCGUCCAACAGUUUGAAAGUCUGCCUUUCUAUGAGUAAGGUCUGAUGAUUGCACAAUAAACUGCAGCAUUGAUGUUUCCGUGCAAAUAUGAGUAAGUGAAGCAUUGUUGAAUAACAGGCAAGCGCAAUGGUGAUCGACAGACAGAGAGGGGGAAUAGAGAACAGUGUUGUUUUGGUCAGUUUGGUUUGUGUAUGUGUGUGUGUGGGGGGUUGAUGUCGUCCCUCACCUGCAAUGCAGUGCUGGGCUGUAUCAUCCAAUCAUGUCCCAGCUGUCGGCGAAAGAGGGCUGGGCCAGAGGCUGACGACAGCCAAGGAGAGUUCUCGGUCAGACGGAGAGAAAGAGAGACGUGAAUGUGUGAGAGGAAAAAGUGAGCGAGAGAGUCGGGGAGUGUGCAGUGGUACCCUGCGCUCCAGGACUCAGCCUCAGUGCUCAGCCUGCAGUUGAGCCUCUACAUUUCUCCUCUCUUCGCUCGUAUUCCCCAUCACUGCUCUGAUCCAUCCUCUCUCCUCUUCUCUGCUCUCUUCUGUUAUAAUCACUGCUUUUCAGUUGUCAGCACUGAUCGCUUUCUCCUCCUUCUCCUCCACUUGUACUUUUUUUUAACUCUCUCCAUCCCUUUUCUGAACCUCUAAUACCUCUUUCUUUUCCUCCUGUUGGAUGGAGUAAGAGGCUUUUUCAGCACCUACACCCUCUCUUCUCUGGGCCUCCUCCCUGCAUCAUCCCAUGGGUAUCCGUGCAUCUUGCAGACCAGAGCCUCAUGGCCGUGGAGGCGGCUCUCAGCCAGGUCAGGCAGAGUCUCCGUUACCAGAGCAGGAUGAAGAGAUCUUGGGCUCUGAUGACGAUGAACAGGAGGACCCCAAUGACUACUGCAGGGGUGGAUAUCACCAUGUGAGGAUUGGAGAUCUGUUCAAUGGGAGAUACCAUGUGAUCCGUAAGCUUGGCUGGGGUCACUUCUCCACUGUGUGGCUGGCCUGGGAUAUCCAGGAAAAGCGCUUCGUGGCCAUGAAGGUUGUAAAAAGUGCUGAACAUUACACUGAGACUGCUCUGGAUGAAAUCAAGCUGCUGAAAUCAGUGAGAAACACAGAUCCCAGUGACCCUUACAGAGAGAAAGUAGUGCAGCUGCUAGAUGACUUCAAAAUUUCUGGCAUGAAUGGAACUCAUGUGUGUAUGGUCUUUGAAGUACUUGGGUACCACCUGCUUAAGUGGAUUAUUAAGUCGAAUUAUCAAGGGCUGCCUUCGCCCUGUGUUAAAAGCAUCAUACGACAGGUUCUGCAGGGUUUAGACUAUCUCCACACCAAGUGUAAGAUCAUACACACAGACAUCAAACCGGAGAACAUUCUGCUCACUGUGAAUGAGCCCUACAUCAAGAAGAUGGCUGCUGAAGCUACUCAGUGGCAGAAGACUGGCACCGCACCUCCCUCGGGUUCUGCAGUGAGUACAGCCCCAACUUCCAAACCAACGGCCAAAAUGUCAAAGAACAAAAAGAAGAAGAUGAAGAAGAAGCAAAAAAAGCAGGCCGAGAUGCAGGAAAAGAGGAUACAUGAGAUGGAGGGAGGAGCAUUACCCGACACCCGAGAAGAGGAGGAUGACGAGGAGACUACGGAGAACACUGAAGAUACGUCCUCAGCCACUCUUUCUACGUCUGCCACGCAGCAGGACAUCACUAACCAUACUAACGCAGACUUGACUCCCGAAGAGCAGUCUGCUCAUACGUCAGGGCUAAAUGAACAGAGGGAGGUUACGGCCGAUGAGGAGAACAGAAUGGAGGUCAACUGCAACGGCCACGCCGCCACACCGGAGAAUGAGACCAGUCUAGAGGUUCGAGGGACCGAGCAAUGUACAGAGGAACAGGAGGAUCAACAGGAUGCAAAGCAACCAGAAAGCAAUAAAGAGACCGACAAUGCAUUUUGUGACAAAGAAGAGCGGCCAUCCUGUAACGGAAACUCUGAUACCGAGCAGCAACGUCCCCCUGCUUCACUCAGUCCAGACUCUGUCACUGUAGAGCUAAAAGAGGGAGACAAGAUAGAGGAGCAGAUGGACACUCUAAAGGAGACCAAAAGAGAAAAUGAAGAAGAGAACAGCCAAGAUGGAGCAACAGGCAGCAUGUUAGUAAACCCCCUGGACCCUCUCAAUGCUGACAAAUUGCAGGUUAAGAUUGCUGACCUCGGCAAUGCCUGCUGGGUGCACAAACAUUUCACAGAUGACAUCCAGACACGGCAGUACCGCUCUCUUGAGGUGUUGAUAGGAGCCGGCUAUAGCACACCAGCAGACAUCUGGAGCACAGCCUGCAUGGCCUUUGAGCUGGCUACUGGAGAUUACCUGUUUGAACCCCACUCUGGAGAAGACUACUCCAGAGAUGAAGAUCACAUAGCGCUGGUCAUCGAGCUGCUAGGCAAAGUCCCUCGGAAGCUGAUCUUGGCAGGCAAAUACUCCAAGGAGUUUUUCACCAAGAAAGGUGAUCUCCGGCACAUCACCAAGUUGAAGCCUUGGGGUCUGUUUGAUGUCCUGGUAGAAAAGUAUGAGUGGUCCAAAGAGGAGGCCCACUCUUUCAGCAGCUUCCUGCUUCCCAUGCUGGACCUGGUGCCUGAAAGAAGAGCCACCGCAGCCCAGUGCCUCUCCCACCCAUGGCUCUCAUCCUAGAGGAUGCCUGCACACACAGCUGCAUAUUGUGAAAAGGAUAAGAUGGGUUUGAAGGGCUUAAGCUUGAAAACGUACAGUAAGCAAAUACUUCCAUUUCUGUGAGAGCCUGUGAUUCCAUCGUGCCUGUAGCCUGUUGUCACGGCUUUCACGGGUCUACUUACAUUCAUCGGGAAGCAUUGAGACGAUAGACAGACUGCUGCUGAAUCUCUGUUCUGUUAGGGAAGGAGAAUAAAACAGGCUCAAAGUACUCUCUCAGUAUUUAUGACUUUUUGUUACUGGCUGAAUAGAACUUAUUGAUCUUAUUUUCCCUUUUUUGCCAGCUCCAGCUUUUUCUCUUCUGCUCAUUAUUCUCUGUAUUUUAGACACAAGAGAUCAUCAGGUUUAAAAGGACAUUUUUCUACAAACGCAGAAAGGUACAGGAUGCUAACAGAGUUGUAACAGUCACCAUCAGAGCUACUUUCGAUUAUCAUAUAGGUCACUUAGAAGUCAAAUUUGUCUGUUUGCUCGUCAUCAUGUUAGGUGUACCAGCUUUUAAGCCUUUAAAGAGAGUGCAGAGAGCUCAAAAGUGAUAACUACAUAUUGCUUACUGGAAUGAAGAGCAGCUAGUAGCUUUCAAAGCACCGUUAUCAGAGAACUUUUUACAUUUGUAUACAGGUGCAGGUCAUACAUCGGGAGUUCAGAAUCACACUGAUAGCCAAACUGUUGUGUUGGUUUCUUGUGAAAGUAAAGAUUUUUAGCUUCAGCAUUAGUUUAUGUUGACUUAAGAGAAGUACUUGACACAUUAUAAUGGGAAGAAAAAAAAAUCAGAGCCCUUCUCUUUUUCGUGCAUGAGUUGGCCAAAUGCUCUUUUACACCCGGGUUGCUUUUUUUUUUUUUUACCUGAUAAGUUUAAUUCCCACAUUCACAGUCAAAUCCAGCGAUAGGUGGAUUCACAUCAAGUGUACAGUACAGUGUACCAAAGAGUCGGACUUUGAUUUCUCCUUUUUUUGAGCUUGAAGCUGGAACAGAGUGAGGGCACAGUCAGUUCUUUUACACGUUCUUUCUUUUUUUUAUCUUUAAAGGUGUGUAUUCAGGUGUAUAAGAAGGUGCUGGAUGUGAAAAUCAUAGAUUGUACUUAAAGUUAUUGUAAUAUUCCUUUCAGUCCUAUCAGAAACAUGUUGCUUGUUUUUCUAUAAAGGCUCGACUGUCCAUGUCUCAUCAUUUGAUUAUUUUUUUUCUUUAGGCAGUAAGAAUAAAUAAUUUUCAAAGUUUC